AUGUUCACUGUACUUGCGUUGACAACCUACUUCCUGGGCGCCCUGGCCAAUCCAAUUGAGAAGCGCGCCGCUACGAAUGUCUUCCCCAACCCUCCAAGCACAUCGUCCUUGAGUGCGCCAAUCAGGAUUCGCGCAGGGACUACCUUCACUCCUCCGGUGGCCUAUACAAGGUACGACCGGGGAUGGGGUGCGUGUCAAGAGCAGAAAGAAGGCGGGCAAGCCGACGCUGUUUUCCUUCUCGAAGAAGGGGCGACUCUUCGUAAUGUAGUCAUCGGGCCGCACCAAAUGGAAGGAUCAUGUCGACUCGAGAACGUAUUCUUUGAGGAUGUUUGUGAAGACGCCGUUACUAUCAAGCAAAAUGGUGGAACAUCAUACAUUGUUGGCGGAGGGGCGAAGCACGCCACGGAUAAAAUCAUUCAACACAACGGAGGCGGAAGGGUUAUCAUCGACUCGUUCUUUGCAGAUGGGUUUGGUACAUUCUAUAGAAGCUGUGGAAACUGCAGGACGCAGCAUGCUCGGCACGUUGAGGUCCUGAACUCCUGGGCCAUCAACGGAAACAACCUAAUUGGUGUAAACUCGAAUUACGGAGACACCGCGACGAUCCGCCAAACCCGUGUGUCGAAUGUCAGGAAUGUGUGCCAACGGUAUAUCGUUUUCCACCCAUUCUCCGGUGAUGAGGCCUGCUGA